AUGGAGUGCGGGAAGAGGCACGAGGCUAAAGAGUUGAAGGAUGCCGUGAGGGGUGGGGAGGGGUUCGGUGAGGGACAGGAUCCGCAACGGAGGAGCGGAGGCUCAGCGCUCAGGGAGCGGCACGUUGAAAGGAGAAGUGCUGAAAAUGAGCAUCAACAAGUGCCUGAUUGGACAGAGGAUUUGCCGAAGGGGCGGUACCAGGAUGUGGUUGAACGAUGGCUGCAGCCCAGUGGAGUUGUGGAGCCCCGGAAGAAUGGCACCGAGCGAACUCCUUCUGCUGUUCCUUCCAAUUGGGGCUUAUGCUUACAUUUCGGAGUCCUGGGCGAUUCUCACUUCGGACAGGCCGUCUUCACCGAAAUGCGUCGAUAUACCCCGCAAUCUGACACUUAUUCAACGAUGCGCUUGCCGAAUUUACUGGAGCACGAAACGGUGGACGAAGUGAUCGAGCAAGCAGCUCCCUGGAUUCCGCUCUACCGAUUAAACUGCCAUCCAGACACUCAGCUUUUCCUGUGCUCGUUGUUUGCGCCGGUGUGUCUGGCAACAAUGGACCGCGAAAUUCUGCCUUGUCAGUCCCUGUGCUCUGCUGUUCAGCAGGGAUGCGAAAGUAGGAUGCGGCAGUAUGGCUUCCCUUGGCCAGAAAUGCUCUCCUGCAGCAAGUACCCCAAGGAUAAUGACAUGUGCAUCGGUACUGUCUCUGAAAAGACCACUAACCUCAACGAUACAUGUUCAUCGUGCAGUCAAGUCGGCACAUAUGAGAAUAUACUCGAUCAUUAUUGCCGAUCUCAAAUAGUAGUGAAAGCACGAAUUAGUGGCAUCAAUAAAUCACAUGUGAGCGUCCGCAAAGCCCGGUCAUUGAAACGAUCCGAUCGGCGCAGAUCACUGGGCCGGGAUACCGUCAUCUAUUUUUCGGCGAGUCGCGGCUGUCCGUGCCAUCUUUCAAGAACCGGAGAUCUACGUUUUCUUAUCAUGGCAGACCAGAAUGACCGAGGCGAUUUCAUCGCAAAUUUAAUUCUGCCUUGGAGGAAUACGGAAAAACCUUUCAAGAGAGCGAUUCGAAGCUUCCGCAAAUUGAAUUGUCAGUCGUUGGGCCGCGAAAUAAGGGAGAGUGCCUACCGCCGGAGUCUGCACCGCAAAAGCCACUGA